UGCAUUAUGACCAUCAAAGUAUGUAUCCUGGACGCAUAGCGAGUUGAACCUGCAAGGCGGAAGCCGCGGUGAAGGGACACCAACCUGGUGUUUUCAUCUGUUGGAUACCUGUUAGAGACUAAUUGUUAGAAUGGACGGUCCUCUUCGGCGUUCUAUCACUACGGCGCCUGUGAGGCGUAGCGUCUCGGAGAUACAGUCCAGUCCAGUGGUGGACAACACCGACUGGGCUCAGGCCGAGCUUUCUAGCUAUUUCAAGCAACACCCUGAGAAGCUAUCAUUUCAACUUGAUCGUAUUAUGGACAAGCUCCGAGCGUCAGAAGGGGACAUGCAACGUUUCAUCGUUGAGCUCGACGUCAUGAUCGACGAGCUGAAUGCCGACAUUGACAAGGAGCGCUGCGGGGUGGCGGGCCGAGACCGCCUCAUGCGUGAUUAUGCGGACGUGACGAACGAGUUCCUGCACUUCUUCCUCGAUGGGAUCAUGGAGGCGAUGGAAAACGAACAAGCAGCGGAGGCCUCCGCCACAAAACGCGGCAGCGCAGGAAGUAGCAGAGGCGGCGGCGGCGGCGGCGCCACCUUUCCUGGCAGCAUUCUGCCGGCCCCAGCUGCGCGCUCAGGAGCCCUCGUCACAAAAAACAUUACCGGCAUGCGGCCUCGCAGCAGUGGCAGCAGCGGCAGCUCUAAGGAGCGGUUUACAAAUGUGGCGAAGCGUUUGCCGGCGUGA